AUGGCAACCAUUUCCUACGAUGCGAGGCCUAAUCUUCAAGCAACUACUAACCAUAGUCAUCAACAUGGAGUUGUUGUUGAAGAAAUUGAAGGCCUUAUCAGAGUCCACAAAAAUGGAUACAUAGAAAGGCCUUCACUCAUCCCUAGUGUCCCUUGCACUACUGCAACAGCUAGAGAUGUUGUCAUUGACAAAUUCUCCAACCUGUGGGCUCGUGUUUAUGUUCCCAGCCAUCCUGGGGCCAACAACCUCCCGGUGCUUGUUUACUUUCACGGUGGUGGAUUCUGUGUUGGCUCUGCUGCUUGGAGCUGCUACCAUGAGUUCCUCACCAACCUUGCUUGUAAAGCAAGUUGUGUCAUUAUCUCUGUGAAUUAUCGUUUAGCCCCUGAGAGCCGUCUCCCUGCUGCUUAUGAUGAUGGUGUCAAUGCUGUUAUGUGGGUGAAACAACAAGCUCUAAGUGGCAGCACUGAGCAAAAAUGGUGGUUAAGUAGGUGCAACUUCUCAAGCUUGUUCAUAACUGGUGACAGUGCAGGGGCUAACAUAGCCUACAAUGUCACCACCCGGUUAUCAAAUGAACACUUACAGCCUCUGCGUCUCAAAGGUACUGUUUUGAUCCAACCUUUCUUUGGAGGUGAAGCACGUACUUGGUCUGAAAAGUAUGCAACUCAGCCACCACACUCUGCACUAACUCUAUCAAAUUCCGAUGUGUAUUGGCGACUGUCACUGCCGUUGGGGGCCAACCGAGACCAUCCAUGGUGCAAUCCCUUAGCAAAUGGUGUGGCCAAGUUGAGGGAUUUGAGAAUCCCUCGUAUAAUGGUGUGCAUAUCAGAGUUGGAUAUAUUGAAGGAUAGGAAUUUGGAGCUGUGCAAUGCUUUGACUAGCUUGGGGAAACAGGUGGAAACAGUAAUGUACAAAGGGGUUGGUCAUGCAUUUCAAGUUCUGCAUAACUCUCAGCUCUCUCGUCCCAGGACCCAGGAGUUAGUCUCUCACAUCAAGGCUUUCAUAAACCAGUGACCAGUAGCUACUAACUAGUGCCAAAGCAUGG